UUAUUUUUGUUCCCAAGAAAGUUUCAAUGUCGAAACCUUUUUCACAACUUUUCCGCAAGCGCGAGUGACUGUGCUGUCUGCUGACUAUAUGGUGCAUUUGAUUCAGUUUGAAACACUGGCAAAUCUGCCCUGGCAACAGAACAGUGGCAUUCGUUCUUCCACUGCAGUUGAAAGUUUCAAACAGUGGUGGUGUUUUCAGGGACAGGCUUUGAAGCUGAUGUUGAUCUUGUUUGCAAGUGCAAUUCAGCUCCUAUUAAUCCAGAAGGAGGCGCUGCUCUUGCGCCGAUCACAACAGAACGUUGGCUUUCAAGACGAGCAAGCAGUCAAACAGAGAUACGCAAGACAGUCCCAGCGUGCUCGUCGUUGGAGAUCUGUCGUUAGCAGAUUGACAAAUGAUGGACACUUAAAUCAGCUUGCACAUGUCUUGACAUAAUUCUCAGUCCAUGUCAUACCACCACCAAGCGGGAGAGACAGCGGCGAAGAGAACAGCUGCUGUACCAUCCUGCAAGAACCAUGGCACGGAUCUACGGCCCAACGUGGUUGGAGUUUCUAGUUGCGCUCUCACGGGUGGCUGGGGACGCCAUUGCGCAGCGAUGGUUCACACGGCACCUCUCCUCUGAGGCCUCCACCUUUGUGCAUCCCUCCAUCAGAGGCAAGACUUGCAUUGUGACUGGCCCCACCUCGGGCAUCGGCCUGGAGACUGCCAAGGAGCUUGCACUAGCGGGAGCGCAUGUCGUGCUGGCCUGUCGGAACGUUCAGAGAGGACAGGAGUUGGCAGCAAAAUGGGCGCAAGAGAGCGGGCGGGCACUGAGCACGGAGGUCCGAUGCCUCAAUCUUUCUUCCUUGGAAGGUGUUCGAACCUUCGUCAGUGGCUGGAAGGCCCGUGGGGGGCCAGUUCACGUCCUGAUUAAUAACGCAGGGAUCUUCAACAUGGGUGCCCCUCGGCGUGAGACUGUAGACGGGCUGGAGGAGCACUGGGGCAUUAACUACCUAGCCUCAGUGCUGCUGACCCUGCUGUUGCUGCCCUACCUGGCGCAAGCGGGAUCCUCUCGAGUUGUCAUGGUAUCUUCCAUGAUGCAAGAGCUGGGCUCGAUCGACCUUGACGACCCCAACCUAACCCAGCCAGAAAGCUACUGGUCUGUGAAGGCCUAUUCAAACAGCAAGCUCGCACAGGUGAUCUUUACAAACGCUCUGCAAAGGAAACUUUCCGAGUCUUCGGGCAUUAAUUGCAUCGCCCUCCAUCCUGGGGAGGCCCUGACGGACGUUGCGAGGUCGUUGCCAAGGUUCAUUCAACGGCUCCAGAAGCAUUUGCUAUCGAGUAUUCUCCUUACGCCUAGUCAAGGCGCUCGAUGUACGCUUUUUGUUGCUACAAAUGAAGAGGUUAUCAAAGUAGCUGGCGCAAUUAGGAGUCAACAAUAUAGAAGUGGUCCUUACUACUUUUCAAAUCUCGAGCCCAAUGACGUACCUCGAAUAGCUCGAGAUGAGAUGCUUGUUGAGGAGCUUUGGGCUUCCACGCUCAAGCAGCUCGAUCUACCUGCCGAUCCGUUGUCUAAAAUUAAGUUCUUGUUAGCUAGUCCGCACCAGGGAUUGGGAUAAGCCAUCUUACAAAUGUCAGUUGUGACUUCACGUUUUGGGUUGUGCCCGCAAAGGCAGAGAAGGACGAGCUCGAAAUGUGCAGCGUGUGCCUAGAUCUCAACGCAGCAAAGAGGUUCUAAGUCCCAUAGUCAUCAGAUGGACGAGCCCGAGAUCAUGGUGACCCUUUUAGGCUUCAUAUGCUGUUUUGACUCGGCAUGAAUUACGAUCUUAGUUCAUGAUCGUAGCUCAUGCCUAUCAUUAUAUCAAGAUCAUGCUCUUGCACGUUUGGAC